AUGUUAGGACGAAAGCAAAGUUUGAAGGGUGAACCCAUUUUGGCGGAUUACGGACCUGAAGAAUCGUUAAACGAAAGCGCUGAUGUUGAAUGGGUUAAUUUAAUAUGGGUACGACGUUUAAUGAGAGGUUGUGCUUUAUUAAGUUUGGUAUCCGUCAGCAUGAAUACACCUAAAACUUUUAACAAAUACAAUUCACUACAGUACAUAACAUUUUGUUGCGACCUCUUCGUUACUUUUCUCUUUACUGCCGAAAUGAUUGCCAAAAUGCACAUUAGAGGUAUUUUAAAAGGUGAUGUACCUUAUUUAAAAGAUCGAUGGUGCCAAUUUGAUGCUAGCAUGGUAUUCUUCCAUUGGGUAUCCGUCAUAUUGCAAAUGUUUGAAAUGCUGGGAAUCGCUCCACAAUUUAGUUAUUUGUCCAUUUUACGAGCACCCAGACCAUUGAUCAUGAUACGAUUUAUUCGAGUCUUUUUGAAAUUUUCAAUGCCAAAAUCAAGGAUCAAUCAAAUAUUUAAGCGAUCCAGCCAACAGAUUUACAAUGUCACACUAUUUUUUUUAUUUUUUAUGUCAUUAUAUGGUCUGCUUGGAGUUCAAUUUUUUGGAGAAUUGACAAAUCACUGCGUUUUGAAUACCACCGAUCCCAACUACAUCACAAUCAACAACUUGGCCAUUCCUGAUACAUUUUGUUCUAAAGAUCCUGAUUCAGGGUAUCAGUGUCCAGCUGGAAUGAAAUGCAUGAAAUUAGAUUUGUCUCGAUAUAUAAUGGGAUUCAAUGGUUUCGAUGAAUUUGGAACGAGUAUUUUUACAGUUUAUCAAGCUGCAUCUCAAGAAGGUUGGGUUUUUAUUAUGUUUCGAGCAAUCGAUUCGCUUCCAAGCUGGAGAGCUGCUUUUUAUUUCUCUACAAUGAUUUUCUUUCUCGCAUGGCUUGUGAAAAAUGUUUUCAUUGCUGUCAUUACUGAAACAUUUAAUGAAAUAAGAGUUCAAUUUCAACAAAUGUGGGGAGUCCGCGGUCAAAUCACAAAAUGUUCUGCUUCUCAGAUAUUAACCGGAGAUGAUAUGGGAUGGAAAUUAGUGACAUUAGACGAAAGUAAACAUGGAGGCUCUGCUCCACCAUUUUGCUUGACAGUUUUAAGAUCAGCAUCAUUUAGAUUGUUAAUGAUGGGGAUUAUAUUGGCGAAUGGCGUCGUCACAGCCACAAUGAGAUUCAUGCAUGAUGAAACGCCACGUUACGAAUUUUAUAAAAAUUAUUAUUACAUUGAAAUUGCAUUUACAAUAUUUUUAAAUUUGGAAACUCUUUUCAAAAUAUGGUGUUUGGGAUUUCGAGGAUAUUUCAAACAUUCAAUUCAUAAAUUUGAAUUGCUUUUGGCUCUUGGUACAACAAUUCACAUACUACCCGGAUGCUAUUUAUCUGGAUUUACUUAUUUUCAAGUUUUGAGAAUUGUUCGAUUGAUAAAAGCCUCACCAAUGUUGGAAGAUUUUGUGUAUAAAAUUUUUGGUCCAGGAAAAAAACUCGGGAGUUUGAUUAUAUUUACAAUGUGCUUGCUGAUUAUUUCAUCCAGCAUUUCCAUGCAGUUAUUUUGUUACCUGUGCGAUUUUACAAAAUUCGAAACCUUUCCCGAAGCAUUCAUGUCCAUGUUUCAAAUCCUGACUCAAGAGGCUUGGGUUGACGUUAUGGACGAAACCAUGCUUCGAACGAGAGAACAAUUAACUCCAUUCGUUGCCGUUUAUUUCAUAUGCUACCAUUUAUUCGUCACAUUGAUCGUGCUGAGCUUGUUCGUCGCCGUCAUAUUGGAUAAUUUAGAAUUAGACGAAGACAUAAAAAAAUUAAAACAAUUGAAAUUUCGAGAACAACACGCGGAAAUAAAAGAAACGUUGCCGUUUCGUCUGAGGAUAUUCGAAAGAUUUCCCGAUUCUCCACAAAUGACUUGCCUUCAUAAAGUUCCAUCGGAUUUUAUACUACCGAACGUGAGAGAGAGUUUCAUGAGACAAUUCGUUUACGAAAUGGAAGAGGAUGAUUAUUCGGAAGGUGUUAAAAAAGUAUCGGAAGUAUUCGAUUCGAAAAUUGUUUAUAGAAAGAAAAAACCCGUGAAAAUUUUAAGCGACACCCCUAAAGUCCGACACAUAAGCACGGAUUUGAAGAAGGCCGCCAUUAAUUACAUAAUAAGCGAUUCGAAUAAUCAAAGGCUAAUGUUGGGCGAUUCGGCUGUUAUACCGGUUCCUAAUAAAUCAACUAUCAAACCACAGGGAACGAUCGCAAGCUCCAAACAACUAAGAAUAGAUCAGAAAAAAUCUCUGAGAAGAAGCGUUCGAAGCGGUUCGAUCAAACUCAAACAAACCUACGAACACCUCAUGGAAAACGGGGAUAUCGGAGCCAUGAACAGAGUCAGCGCAACUCGGAGCAGACCCCAAGAUUUGGAUAUAAAACUUCUUCAGGCAAAAAGACAACAAGCGGAAAUGAGACGGAAUCAAAGAGAAGAAGACUUGAGAGAAAAUCAUCCUUUUUUCGACACGCCACUGUUUGUCGUUCCAAGAGAGAGUAAAUUUCGUAAAAUUUGUCAAAUGAUUGUUUACGCACGGUACGAUGCGAGGCUCAAAGAUCCUCUGACUGGAAAAGAGAGAAAAGUUCAAUACAAACGACUCCACAAUUUUCUGGGAUUGGUGACCUACCUGGACUGGUUAUUGAUCAUGGUGACGACUUUAUCCUGCGUUUCCAUGAUGUUCGAAACACCCGGAUACAGAGUCAUGGAAACGCCCGGACUUCAAGUUGCCGAAUACAUAUUCGUCAUUUUUAUGAGCAUCGAACUCGCAUUGAAAAUUUUAGCAGACGGUUUAUUUUUCACACCGAAAGCUUACAUAAAAGACUACGCAUCCAUGUUGGACGUUUUCAUUUACCUGGUCAGCUUGACAUUUUUGUGUUGGAUGCCGAAAAACGUACCGCCCAAUUCGGGUGCACAACUUUUGAUGGUGUUGAGGUGCGUUCGACCUUUAAGAAUAUUCACUCUCGUGCCACACAUGAGAAAAGUCGUCUACGAGCUCUGCAGAGGUUUCAAAGAAAUUUUACUGGUAUCCAUUCUUUUGAUCGUUUUGAUGUUUGUCUUUGCGAGUUACGGAGUACAACUCUUUGGUGGUCGAUUGGCGAGAUGCAACGAUCCUACGAUAACGAGACGAGAGGAUUGCGUUGGAGUUUUCAUGCGAAGAGUGUUCGUUACGAAAAUGAAAGUUUCACCGGGAAGAAACGAAUCUUUUCCCAGUCUUCUCGUGCCACGUGUUUGGGCCAACCCUCGACGUUUCAACUUCGAUAAUAUUGGAGACGCUAUGCUUACUUUGUUUGAGGUUUUAUCAUUUAAGGGUUGGCUUGACGUACGAGAUGUUCUCAUCAAAGCUCUGGGACAUAUCCAUGCCGUUUACAUUCACAUCUACAUAUUUUUGGGAUGCAUGAUUGGUUUGACACUGUUUGUCGGCGUCGUCAUUGCCAAUUAUUCGGAAAAUAAGGGUACGGCACUGUUGACCGUGGAUCAGAGGCGUUGGUGCGAUCUUAAGAAGAGGUUGAAAAUCGCACAACCUCUUCACCUUCCACCCCGUCCGGAUGGUAAAAAAUUUCGCGCUUUCAUAUACGACAUAACGCAAAAUUUGGCAUUCAAAAGGUUCAUAGCACUCAUGGUUAUCGUCAACAGCAGUUUGCUGUGUGUAUCGUGGAGAGAAGAAGAGAGACACACGGAUCCAUUGGCCAUGGUUAGCACGGCGUGCACACUUAUAUUCGUCGUCGAAGUUCUCAUGAAAUUCAUCGCAUUCACACCGAGAGGUUAUUGGCAGUCCAGACGUAAUCGUUACGACCUUUUCGUCACUGUCUACGGAGUGGUUUGGAUCUUCAUCAAUUUUAGUUUGAGAAAUGAUCUGUCGUAUUCCAUCGGGUUUUCCGUCGUCAUUUUCCGAUUUUUCACAAUCACCGGAAAACACGCAACGUUGAAAAUGUUGAUGUUGACCGUCGGCGUGUCCGUGUGCAAAAGUUUUUUCAUCAUAUUCGGAAUGUUUCUAUUGGUUUUCUUUUACGCCCUUGCCGGUACGAUCAUUUUCGGUACCGUCAAAUACGGCGAAGGGAUAGGUCGGAGAGCAAAUUUCGAAUCUCCCGUCACCGGUGUCGCCAUGUUGUUUCGUAUAGUGACGGGAGAGGAUUGGAAUAAGAUAAUGCACGAUUGCAUGGUUCAACCACCCUAUUGCACCCCCGCGGAUAACUAUUGGGAAACGGAUUGUGGAAAUUUCACCGCGUCACUCAUAUAUUUCUGUUCCUUUUACGUCAUCAUAACGUACAUAAUGCUUAAUCUUUUGGUGGCCAUAAUCAUGGAAAAUUUUUCACUGUUUUAUUCGAACGAAGAAGAUGCUUUGCUUUCCUAUGCCGACAUAAGAAAUUUUCAAAACACUUGGAACGUUGUAGACGAUUGUCAAAGAGGUGUCAUACCCGUGCACAGAGUCAAAUUCAUUCUCAGACUACUCAAGGGAAGGCUGGAAGUGGAUCCGCAAAAGGAUCGUUUGCUCUUUAAACAUUUGUGUUACGAAUUGGAGAGAUUGCACAACGGAGAAGACGUUACCUUUCACGACGUGUUGAACAUGCUGUCGUACAGGUCAGUCGACAUACGGAAAGCUUUGCAAUUGGAAGAACUUUUGGCUAGGGAAGAAUUCGAAUACAUAAUCGAAGAGGAAGUUGCCAAACAAACGAUAAGAACGUGGUUGGAAGGUUGUUUGAAAAAAAUGAGAUCGGGAAACAUUGCCAAACAACAGAGUAGUUUGAUUGCGGGUUUGAGAGCGACAAACGAGCCCGUGACAGAAUUGGAAAAUACGGAAAAGGAAAACAAAGAAACAAACGGUCCGAAAGAUAGCGAAGGUGAAAACAAAGAUCACGAUGCUGCUCAAAGGCACAGGUUCGAAUUUGAAAGGAUGAGGAUUUUAUCAUUAUCAAGUCGAAGAAACAUGGGAGCCAAAAAAGCGGUCGUCAUACCGAGAUCGGACAGCGUGGGAAGCGGAACGGGUAGAAAAUUUCUAGCACCGACAUUAUCCGAUCCGGCCGUGAGACAGGACAAGGACAGGGUGACGGGUAUCAAACGGAGCACUCGUCAACCCGCGAAUACUAAAAAUAAUUUGCCCCACGUGACGGAAGGAUCGGAAAUCCGUGACAUAAACGCGAACAAGACGUCUAUGCCGAAAAUAUCGAGCGCUUUAUCCGAAGUUCACGAUUGGUGGACGGAACAAAUAAAUUACGAAACUCAAUCGAGCGACGAAGAAGAAGAAGAAGAAUAA